GAAGAAGAAGAAAGAAGCAGCAGAGCAAACAAAGAGCCUUCUGCAGAUUUUCGGGAAAAAUGAAAAAUCAGUGAAAUGCAAGCAGAGGUCUCGUGAGGAUUUCCCUCCGGAGGACCGCCUCUUCUUCUGCUGUGUUUGCAGCAGCAGCCUCAUCAUGGAGGACGAGGCUGUAGGAACAGAGCGAGGCCCGGAGGAGGAAGAGGAAGAGGAGGAAGGAGGAAGAGGAGGAGGUGAUGCUGAAAAGGGAGGAGGAAAGGUUGCCAUGCGGAACCCCAAAGGUCCUACGUACUGCAUCUGCCAGAAACCAGACAUCAACUGCUUCAUGAUAGGGUGUGACUGCUGCACGGAGUGGUUUCAUGGAAGUUGUGUUGGAGUCUCAGAAAAAGCAGCAAAGUCCAUCAGAGUGUGGUACUGCCCGUCCUGCCGAGACAAAGACUCGUCUCUGGAGAUCAAAUACCGUCCGAAGAAAACCAAGGAGAAGGAGAGGGAGGAGAAGCCUGAGGAAGACGGGAGCUCCACCCCUCAGCCCAAGAUUGACAGGAGGCGGGGCUCACAGAUCAAGCGUUCAGCGCGGAUGUGUGGGGAGUGUGAAGCCUGUCUGAGGACGGAGGACUGCGCUCAGUGUGACUUCUGUAAAGACAUGAAGAAGUUCGGAGGUCCGAAUAAAAUCCGACAGAAGUGUCGCCUCAGGCAGUGUGAGGUCCGAGCCCGGAAGAUGCUUCGAGUCAAAGACGAGGAGAUGAGUCGGAGCAGCAGGAGGUGCCUAACGAGAAAGGGGGUGGGGCAAUACACAGAGGAGGACGAGGAUGAUGAAGAGGAGGACGAUGAUGAUGAUGAUGAUGAUGAUGAUGAUGAUGAUGAUGUGGCCUUCAGUGAGAGCGAGCUGGAGCUGUACCAGCAGUACAAAGCUGCCGGCUAUGGAGACCUGGUGUGGCACAGCGAGGACGAGGAAGAUCAGUCGGAGUCUCUGACGAAGAAGGCGGUGAAGGUGAAACACGUGAAGAGACAGGAGAAGAAGACGGAGAAGAAGGUGGAGAAGAAGGUGGAGAAGAAGGUGGAGAAGAAGGUGGAGAAAAAAGUGGAGAAGAAGGCGGCGACGAAGACUGUCGCCGCUCCGAAAGAGGAGGUGAAGCCUCGACGCCACAAAGCGAAGCAGCGCCACAAGGAGCGUGUCCGUCACAGCGAGCGGGGAGGAGAGGGCGGGGCUAAGGAGGUGGGCGGGGCCUUGCGUCAGUGUCUCGGACCAGGAUGUGUCCAAGCAGCGAGGGCCAACUCCAAAUACUGCACCGACGACUGCGGGAUGAAGCUCGCCGCCAAUCGUAUCUAUGAGAUCCUGCCUCAGAGGAUCCAGCAGUGGCAGCAGAGUCCGUGCAUCGCGGAGGAGAUGGGCCGGAGACAGCUGGAGCGAAUCAGGAAGGAGCAGCAGGCGUCACGGCUCCGCCUGACAACGAUGGAGAAACGUUUCCACGAACUCGAAGGCAUAAUCGCCAACGCCAAGCAGCAGCAAGUCCAACAGCACGAGGAGCUGAUCUGUUCCUCCUUGGAAAUCUGUCUUGAGUCUCAGGUGACUGAGGGUGACGGCGAUGACACAGACCUUCAGAUCUUCUGUGUGUCCUGCAGUCAUCCCGUCAACCCCAAGGUGGCGCUAAGGCACAUGGAGAGAUGCUACGCUAAGUACGAGAGUCAGACAUCUUUUGGAUCCAUGUACCCAACACGAAUAGAGGGGGCGACCCGGUUGUUCUGUGAUGUGUAUAACCCUCAGAGUAAGACGUACUGCAAGCGGCUGCAGGUCCUGUGUCCUGAACACUCCAGAGAUCCAAAGAUCCCAGCGGACGAGGUUUGUGGCUGUCCUCUGGUGAAAGACGUGUUUGAGCCGACCGGAGAGUUUUGUCGAGUGUCGAAGAGGAAGUGUAACAAACAUUACUGCUGGGAGAAACUGCGCCGCGCAGAGGUCGACCUGGAGAGAGUCCGAGUGUGGUAUAAGCUGGACGAGCUGUUUGAGCAGGAGAGGAAUCUGAGGACGGCGAUGACGAACCGAGCCGGGUUAUUGGCUCUGAUGCUGCACCAGACCAUCCAACACGACCCCAUCGCCACAGACCUGCGCUCUGCCAAGGACAGGUAGACAGAUAGACAGGUAGACAGGCAGAUAGAGAGACACGUGAUGAGGACACAGCUCCAUGGAAGGAUUUUAGGUAUUUCUAUUGUGUCUGAAGUCUCUAACAACCAUCAUUACGUCCAAGUCAGAAACAAUCAUGGACGCCUCAUCUCAUAAUUACGAGAAAGGGAAUAGGAAUUAUUCAUUUGUUUGUAUUACUUUAUUCCACAUGUCAUAAAACAUGUACACUUUAAGCUGUAUUUUUGUGGCCCAUGAUGGAAAGGACAUAAGGAUUUCUUGUAAAAAAUGGAUAGUUUAAUCUUAAAUUAGGAUUGAAGGAUCUCAUAGAUAUUGUUUCGAUCACCUCGAAUCAUUAAUACUUCCAUUUUGUGGAUACCCGCAGUAUUACCUCUUGUACUCCUCUGUUUGUAUACAGUUUUAAUCAUGUUUUUAUACUGUUUUAUUCCAUAAAAAACUACACUACCCAUAAUGCUAAUGCUGAAAGACUUUACUGUUGCUAUGGAGACCUGGAAGAAACACUACAGUUCAGUUUUAUGAAACCAAGCGUCAACAAUACCAACACAAUAUAAAGCUAAAACUUUAACAUGUUGUUCUUCUUUUGUCUCAUUUUAUAUGACGGUGUUAUGUUACAGUUGUUUUUAUAUUUUGUAUUUUCUCAUCAUGUUGUUUUAUACUGUUUGUUCGUAUUAAAACCGAUGUUUCAUUAAAAACUGACGAUGUU